GAGCAAGUUGAUCCAUUCGCUGUUUUCAUCAUCACUCUGACCUCCACCUCUUUGCCUGCUGGACUCUAAGCUGAACAGCCCCUUUGAAUACCUGAGCAAAGCCAAGCUGUGCCAGACUAAAACCUCUUAACAGCCACGAUGGAUAUUGCCAUUCAGCAUCCCUGGUUCAGACGGGCCCUGGGCUCUGUCUACCCAGCUCGACUCUUCGAUCAGUUCUUUGGAGAGGGCAUGUUUGAUUAUGACCUCUUCCCCUACGCUGCCUCCACCAUAAGCCCUUAUUACAGACAGUCCCUGUUCCGCAGCUUUUUGGAUUCUUCCAACUCUGGAAUGUCAGAGGUGAGGUCUGACAGGGAUAAGUUCACAGUCUAUCUGGACGUCAAACACUUCUCUCCUGACGAGCUGAGUGUGAAGAUCACAGAUGACUAUGUAGAGAUCCAGGGCAAGCAUGGAGAGAGACAGGAUGACCAUGGUUACAUCUCCCGCGAGUUUCACCGACGCUACCGCCUCCCUUCCAGUGUGGACCAAUCAGCCAUCACCUGCACGCUGUCCGCAGACGGCCUGCUGACACUGACUGGGCCAAAGGUUGGCGGGGGGAGCGAAUCCAGCCGUAGUGAGCGCAAGAUCCCCGUCACUCGUGAUGACAAGCCCAAUGUUGCGGCCUCUUCCUAAAAGCUUGAGUGGUGGGUGUCAAGCAAAUUGGAUGACAGUCUCCACUCAUUCUUCCUCAUUCCCUAACACUCGCUUCACUCUUCCCACUAGAUUGUUCUGUUGUUCUUAGCAUAAUCUCAUAGAGCAUCACUAGUAUUUUUUUAACAAAAAUGUUCCUGUGAGAAAGUUUAGGUCAACUGGUCGAGUUUUUUUCUGCUGAUAAAAUGUACAAUGUUACACUUGUCACAGAUUUUCCAUCUGCAAAAUUCUCCAAGCCUUGACGGCUUCCAUUACUGCACAGACCAUGAAACUUCUCCUCACAAGUCUCCAAUAUAUCCUGUCUUGUAGUUUAUGCCUUGUUAACUGGAUACCUCUACACUGAGAAGUCCAUGCUAAAGAAAAAAAAAAUAAAGCUACACAAUUAACAACA